UGGUAGAUGUCGCGAUGGACAAAGGCAAAUUGAACCGCGAAGAAGCCGUAGAAUUUUGGGAGAAGAAGAAGGAUGCUGGUCAAUACAUUGCCGAAACAUGGUAAUGUUCGACUGUUGCCAAGCUGCCCUUUGUAUAAUUCAUCUGAGCUAUUCUUUUCUUCCGUUUGGGAGGUUUGCUGCUUGCAUCAACUUAGCGAAAAGCUCUCGCAGUGAAUGGACUGUUUGUCCUAAACUUUUCAGCAUUACAUACCUCUUAGCUUUCAAGCAUCGGCAGGGUUUGCAUUUUAUUCGGAGUUUUGGUGGAUGCUCUCGAGCACGUUUUAUUUUUCUUUUUUUGGCACAAUUUUUCCUGUCCACUUACAUGGGACACAAGAGACUGGACGGGUGAUGCCAUACCACAUGUCUGCAAAAGGUUGGCAAUGUAGCUGCGCUUGCACCCAGGGCAACCAUCGUUUGUGGAAAAAGUCUUCUUCGCAGCAAAUUCAUGGUCCGCGAUUCACUGAGGCACCUGCUCUCG